ACUCUGGCUAAAGUGGAGAAAGAGAAGCACGCCACUGAGAACAAGGUGAAGAACCUGGUGGAAGAGAUGGCUGCUCUGGAUGAAAUCAUUGCCAAGUUGACCAAGGAAAAGAAAGCCUUACAGGAAGCUCAUCAGCAAACUCUGGAUGAUCUGCAGAGUGAAGAAGACAAAGUCAACACUCUGACCAAGGCCAAGGCUAAGCUGGAGCAGCAAGUGGAUGAUCUUGAAGGUUCACUGGAACAAGAGAAGAAGAUUCGGAUGGAUCUGGAGAGAGCUAAGAGGAAACUAGAGGGAGACUUGAAAUUGACCCUGGAGAGCUUGAUGGACCUGGAGAAUGACAAGCAGCAACUUGAACAGCAUCUGAAAAAGAAAGAUUUUGAAGUCAGUCAGCUCAACAGCAAAAUAGAAGAUGAGCAGGCCAUAACAAUUCAGCUUCAAAAGAAAUUGAAGGAGCUCCAGGCCCGCAUUGAAGAGCUGGAAGAAGAGCUGGAGGCAGAGCGAGCUGCCCGAGCCAAGGUGGAAAAGCAGAGAGCAGACUUGGCCAGAGAGCUGGAGGAGAUCAGUGAGAGGCUGGAGGAGGCCGGUGGAGCAACAUCCGUCCAGAUUGAGAUGAACAAGAAGAGAGAGGCCGAGUUCCAGAAACUCCGCAGAGACCUCGAAGAGGCCACUCUGCAGCAUGAAGCCACUGCUGCCACACUCAGGAAGAAACAAGCCGACAGUGUGGCCGACCUGGGAGAGCAGAUUGACAACCUGCAGAGAGUCAAGCAGAAACUGGAGAAGGAGAAGAGUGAGUUCAGACUGGAGCUGGAUGACGUGGUCUCCAAUAUGGAACAUAUUGUGAAGACAAAGACAAAUCUAGAGAAGACAUGCAGGACUCUGGAAGAUCAGAUGAAUGAAUACAAGACUAAGUUUGAAGAGGCUCAACGCUGCAUAAACGACUUCAAUAUGCAAAAAGCAAAACUUCAAACGGAAAAUGGUGAUCUCACAAGGCAGCUGGAGGAGAAGGAAUCCCUGGUGUCUCAACUGACAAGAGGAAAAAUAUCCUACACUCAACAGGUUGAAGAUCUAAAGCGACAACUGGAGGAGGAGACCAAGGCAAAGAGUGCCCUGGCCCAUGCAGUGCAGUCAGCUCGUCAUGACUGUGACCUCCUCAGGGAGCAGUAUGAGGAGGAGCAGGAGGCCAAGGCUGAACUGCAGCGCGGCAUGUCCAAGGCCAACUCUGAGGUGGCUCAGUGGAGAACUAAGUACGAAACUGAUGCCAUCCAGAGAACCGAGGAACUGGAGGAGGCAAAGAAGAAGCUGGCUCAGCGUCUGCAGGAUGCUGAGGAGGCUGUUGAAGCAGUGAACGCUAAAUGUUCGUCUCUGGAGAAGACCAAACACAGGCUGCAGAAUGAGAUUGAAGAUCUCAUGGUGGAUGUGGAGAGGUCUAAUGCUGCUGCUGCUGUUCUGGACAAGAAGCAAAGAAACUUUGACAAGGUCCUGUCUGAGUGGAAGCAGAAAUACGAAGAGUCCCAGUGUGAGCUGGAGAGCUCCCAGAAGGAGGCCCGGGCUCUGAGCACUGAGCUCUUCAAACUGAAGAACUCUUACGAGGAGUCUUUGGAUCAUCUGGAAACCAUGAAGAGAGAGAACAAGAACUUACAAGAGGAGAUUUCCGACCUCACUGAGCAACUUGGUGAGAGUGGGAAGAGCAUCCAUGAACUGGAGAAAUUACGGAAACAAUUGGAGCAGGAAAAAAACGAGAUCCAGUCUGCUCUUGAGGAAGCUGAGGCCUCCCUGGAGCAUGAAGAGGGUAAGAUUCUAAGAGCCCAGUUAGAGUUCAAUCAAAUCAAAGCUGAUAUUGAACGCAAGCUAGCUGAGAAAGACGAGGAGAUGGAGCAGUCCAAGAGGAACCUGCAGAGGGCGAUUGACACCCUACAGAGCUCUCUUGAGGCAGAGACUCGCAGCAGGAAUGAGGCUCUUCGUUUAAAGAAGAAGAUGGAGGGAGACCUGAAUGAGAUGGAGAUCCAGCUGAGCCAAUCCAACAGGCAGGCAGCAGAGGCCCAGAAACAACUUAAGGCUGUUCAUGCACAUCUGAAGGAUUGCCAAAUUCAGCUCGAUGAGGCUGUUCGGGCCAAUGAUGAUCUCAAAGAGAACAUUGCCAUUGUUGAGAGGCGCAACAACUUGCUUCAGGCUGAGCUGGAGGAGCUCAGGGCUGCUCUGGAGCAAACGGAGAGA